UUUCAUCGACCUCCAGCUGACAGCUUUGACCGCUCGUCUGCUUGUCUUCACUCAGUCCACUUUUUAGUUUGGACGUUUGAAGUUGCCAUGAAGACGCUGCCGCCGCCGCUGCUGCUGGGCCUGCUGGGCCUGGCGGUGAUGAUUGACACCAUCUUGGCUGCAGAGGAAACGUGUGCUGGACGCUGUGGUUCCUUUGACCCAAGCAGGAAGUGUCAGUGUGAUUCCAUGUGUGUUUACUACGGAAGCUGCUGUCCACACUUUGACACCACAUGUCCAAAAAAAGCACGUGGUGACACCUUUGCUGAGGUCGACAACAACCUGGCCACAGAAGAGACGCCACUCCAUGUGCCCGUCCCAACCGUGGUGCCGACCUUCAACACCACAGACAUCACCUGGGUGGAGCCAACGCAUACGGCGACGCCCACAAACACCCCCACUGAGCAACCUACUGACAGAGACGCGGUGGCCUGCAGUGCACGGCCCUUUGAUGCCUUCCUGCAGCUGAAGAACGGAUCUGUGUACGCAUUCAGAGGUGAAUAUUUCUUCGAGCUGGACGACAAAGCCGUGCUUCCUGGUUAUCCCAAACGGAUCCAGGACGUGUGGGGGAUGGCUGGGCCUGUCGACGCCGCCUUCACGCGCAUAAACUGCCAGGGAAAGACGUACAUUUUUAAGGGAAGACAGUACUGGAGGUUCGAUGGAGACAUCCUGGACGAGGGCUUCCCGUUGGACAUUUCCAACGGCUUUGAUGGGAUUCCUGAUGACAUCGACGCAGCCUUUGCUGUGCCUGCUCCGAGUCACAGGGGCAAGGAGAGGGCCUACUUUUUUAAAGGGGACCGCUACCACGUGUACGAGUUUGUCCAUCAGCCAUCCCACGAGGAGUGCGUCCAAAUGAGCAGGUCUUCGCCCUCGCUCUUGUUCUCGCGCUACACCGACCUCUUCUGUGACCAGACGUGUGAGGAGCUCUUCUCCAAGCUCUUCAGCAUCACAGGAGGCAUCCACCACUCAGGUCCACAACUCAUCAGUAAGAACUGGAUUGGCAUCAGCCCCCCUGUAGACGCUGCCAUGGUGGGGCGUGUCUUCCUGAGCCCCAAACCCUCGCCAGCUCCGCCCUCUCUCGCUAGGAGGCGGGGCAUGUACAAGAGGAGGAGACCCAGCAGGAGGUACCGAGGGAGGAAAACUCGCCAAGCUAUUUUUGAUGAUUUCUUCCUCGACUUGUUUGACUAUGGCGACACAUCUGAGGAGGUUGCUCUGCCACCCCCGCCACCCCCGCCACCCCCGCCACCACCCAGGACCACGCCAGUCCAAUACGUGUACCUGUUCAAGAGAGAUCAGUACUACAGAGUGGACCUGCGGACGAGACACGUGGUCGCCGCCCUGCCGCCAUAUCCCCGAUCCAUCGCAAAGUUCUGGAUGGGCUGCCAGCAGGAAGACGCUGCUGAGACGUCACGUGCCGAGAAGAGAUGAGAGGGAGGGUGACCACACAACCAUGUGCACCUCAUGGAGACGUAUUUCAGCCAAUCAAAUGCCUGAAAAAAAGUCUUGUGUGGAAAAGACACAAUCACAUGGUAAAGUUUAUUCAAGUAGAUGAUCUAUAAAGUCAUCCACAAAUGACAUGUUUAACUAGACAAACGUUUUCUCAAAGCGUGAAUAAAGUCAAUGCAUCGGCACAAUGAA